CCAAGAUCUGAAGUUGAGGAGAGGCCUACUCAGCCUACGGUUGGUCAGGAAGAACUGCUCGAGAAGGCAUAGAACCGCCUUAUGGAAGAUGGAGUCGGAAUCAUGGGUCUUCACGGUAUGGGUGGUGUAGGCAAAACUACCCUUUUCAAGAAAAUCCACAAUAAGUUUACUGAAAUAGUUGGUACGUUUGAUGUUGUGAUCUGGAUAGUGGUGUCUCAAGGCGCAAAGAUUUCAAAGCUUCAAGAAGAUAUUGCUCAAAAGCUACAUCUUUGUAGCGACGAGUGGAAAAACAAAAAUACAAGUGAUAAGGCUGCUGAUAUACACAAAGUUUUAAAGAGGAAGAGAUUUGUUUUUAUGCUAGAUGACAUAUGGGAAAAAGUGGAUUUAGAAGCCAUUGGAGUUCCUGAUCCAACCAGAGAUAUUGGACGCAAAGUAGCGUUAAUUUUUCGCAAAAAUAAGCCAGUUUAAAGGUAUCUAUUUUAAAGCAAUAAGGUUAAUUUUGAUUAGCUUAUUCUGGAUUCGAGAUUUUUCUCCGUUCUGGGAUAUACUCGCCGAAUAUUUGCAAUUUUCGUCCUCGGAAUUGGUAAUUUAUUGAAAAAAACACAUCACUAACUUUUUUUUGUUUCCGACCCUCAAACGAUUUUGCUGCGAUUUCUCAUCCAAAAAAAUUGCAGGAUUCAGACAUUCGAUCGUUGUUUCCACUGUGAUCUUGUUAAUUUAGGGUAUGUGCCAGACAUUCCUCAAUACUACCCAGACACGUACUGGGCCUUGGCGAUGCCGUUGUGUUUGAUGGUGACUCUGUUGUUUGUUUUGGGGUUUUACAUUGGUCUCAACUUCAUGUCUACUUCAACCUCAACCUCUUUCAAUACUUUGUUUGAUGAGUACAGCAGAGAAGAUGGAGAUUUUGUUCAUCUGAUGACAGAAAGAGGAAGACAAAGCCAAUUGUUAUUACAAGUGUUAAACGUUUUUUUUUUAUGUUCGAUUCAAGUCAUGCCAAGUGAUGGCCUUUGUUCAAAUUUCGUUGAGGAGGAGAAGCAGCUCUUGAAGAAUCUACAAGAUCUAACUUAUCGACCGAGUUAAGUUUGGAGCAAAAGUAUUAGGGGAUCAAAAGGUUGGCGAACUUAAUCUGUAAGUCGUUGUAUUGACGGGUUUCUUCAAAUGCCAUUCCAGUCGUUACUUUGAAAAGUCAUGAGAUGUCAGAUACUAAUUUGUAUGGACUCUAGCUGACCAUAAAAAGUAAGAAUAAUCAAAGUCCUCCACAUGGAAACCGAGUGGUCUGCAAAUCAACGACGCCAAUGUCUUUUUCUAUCUUCUAUCUUAAUUUUCUUUGAUAAUCUCCUAACCAUUCGUAUUGGACCUAGAUGUUAUCUCUAAUAUUUUUCACCUAAAACACUUGUUGAGCUUCAGCUUUUAGCUUCGUUGUUUGCUUACUGAAAUUUUUUCUCAACAUGGGAAAUAUUGUGUCUUGCCAAUGUUCUGGUGUUGAAGUACUGGAUCGUAUCAUUGGAUGUUUAUGUGAUAAAGGUUAUAUUCGAAGCCUUAAGGAGAAUCUCAGGGAUUUGGAGAGGGAAAUGGAAGAUCUCAGAGCAAUAAAAGAUGAGGUGCAGAACAAAGUAGCGAGAGAAGAGGCACGCCAUAAACAAAAGCGUAAAGCUGUCCAGGUAUGGCUUAGCCGUGUUGAGAGCAUCGACACACGAUUAAAUAAUGUGCUUAGUGAUAGUCCCGUUCAGCUUCAAAAGUUGUGUUUCUGUGGUUUAUGUUCAAAAAAUGUAUGUGCGAGCUAUAAUUAUGGGAAAAGGGUAAUCUUGUUGCUGGAAGAGGUUAGGAAACUCAACUCGGAGGGUAAUUUUGAAGAGGUUGUUGAGCCAGCUCCGACAUCUGAAAUGGUGGAAAGGCCUACUCAGCCUACGGUUGGUCAAGAUAGAAUGCUGGAGAAGGCGUGGAAACGCCUUAUGGAAGACGAAGUCGGAAUCAUGGGUAUGCACGGUAUGGGUGGUGUAGGAAAAACUACCCUUUUCAAGAAAAUCUACAAUAAGUUCUCUGAAAUAGCUGGUAGGUUUGACGUUGUGAUCUGGAUCGUGGUGUCUCAAGGCGCAACGAUUUCAAAGAUUCAAAAAGAUAUUGCAGCAAAACUACACCUUUGUAACGACGAGUGGAAGAAAAAAGAUGAAAGUGAUAAGGCUGCUGAUAUAUACGACGAUUUAAAGAGGAAGAGAUUUGUUUUGAUGCUGGAUGAUAUAUGGGAGGAGGUGGAUUUAGAAGCCAUUGGUGUUCCCUUUCCCACAGAAGAGAAUAAAUGCAAAGUAGCAUUCACCACUCGUUCUCAGGAAGUAUGUGGGCGGAUGGGGGAUCAUGACGCAAUGGAAAUCAAAUGCUUGGAACGAGAUGAAGCAUGGGAAUUGUUUAAAAGCAAAGUCGGAGACAAUACAUUAAGUAGAUAUCCAGGCAUUGUCAAGCUAGCAAGAAGGGUUGCUGAUAAGUGUCGUGGUCUGCCACUAGCGCUUAAUGUCAUUGGUAAGGCAAUGUCAUCUAAAACUAUGGUACGAGAAUGGGAGCAUGCAAUGGAUGUUUUGACAAGAUCCGCUGCAGAGUUUUCUUCUGACAUGGAAAAUAAAAUUCUUGCAGUUCUGAAGUUCAGCUAUGAUAGCUUGGGGGAUGAACAAAUCCAGUCGUGUUUCUUGUAUUGUGCUCUGUUUCCAGAGGAUGAAACGGUACAUGUUGAGGAUUUGAUACAAUUAUGGAUAUGCGAGGGAUUCCUGGGGGGAUACCAAGUUAUAAAAGAAGUAUAUAAUAAGGGUUAUGCAAUGCUUCGUACCCUUAUCCGUGCAAAUUUGCUGACAGAGUUUAGUACCGGACAUGUUGUAAUGCAUGACGUGGUUCGCCAAAUGGCUCUGUGGAUUGCAUCCGGUUUCGGGAACCAGAAAGAGACAUUUGUUGUGCAAGCAAACGUCGGACUAGUUGAAAUACCAAAAGUCAAGGAUUGGGGAGCAGUGAGAAGGAUGUCAUUAAUGAAGAAUAAGAUUGUAGAGAUACCAUGCAGCAGUUCCAAGUGUUCUGAACUUACAACUCUCUUCCUUCAAGAGAAUCAAUUGAAGUCAAGAAUCUUGAAGGAUCUUUUCCUUCAAGAGAAUCAAUUGAAGAAUCUGAGAGAGAGUUUUAGGCGAUUGACGAUCUCUUCGUAAACCGCCGCCGGAGUUCGGCCUCACGCCGUUAGCCGAGAAUU